CCGCCCGAAGAAUCGGCAAGAAGCCCAGAAGUAGUGUCUAACGGAUAAGAUUCUUCCAAUAAACAUCAGACGCCACUCUCGGAGUCUGCAGCGUCUUCAUACAGACAUCCUUUCUCUCUCAAUGCCUCAAACGCUAUUUCUCAAGCCCUUUUUUUCUUCAGCUCCGCUUAAUAAUUGGGGGAAAUCGAGUGUAAAUGUGAAUUCUUUGGACGCCAAUGUUAAGAUACGGGGAAGAGUUUCGGUGGUUAGCAUGGGAAUGUUGGCGCCGAGGAAGUUGUUGCAGAAGCGGAAGAAAACGGAGGUUUUCCGGGACGCGGCCGACGAAGCGGACCAGAAGAAUUGGAGGAGACUGAUGAACGAAAUUGAGGAGACGGGCUCUGCGGUUUCGGUGCUGAGACGUGAGAGGGAUGGAAAGCAGGCCAUUUCUAGAGACGUUGUGCUUGGGACCUUGGUCAGAUUUAAGCAGCUAAGAAAAUGGAACCUUGUUGGGGAGAUCCUUGAAUGGCUCAGGACUCAGAGCUGGUGGGAAUUCAGUGAAAUGGAUUUCCUCAUGCUUAUUACAGCUUAUGGAAAGCUAGGGAACUUCAACCGGGCAGAGAGAAUUUUGGGCUUGAUCAGUAAGAAAGGGUAUGCACCGAGUGUGAUAGCCCAGACUGCUCUUAUGGAAGCGUAUGGAAGAGGAGGCCGAUGCAAUAAUGCAGAAGCAAUAUUUCGAAGGAUGCAGUCUUCAGGUCCUGAACCUUCAGCUUUGACAUAUCAAAUAAUACUUAAGACAUUUGUUGAGGCAAGUAAGUUCAAGGAAGCUGAAGAAAUUUUUGAGACCCUUUUGAAUGAAGAAAAAUCACCUUUGAAGCCAGACCAAAAGAUGUUUCACAUGAUGAUUUAUAUGCAUAAGAAGGCUGGGAGUUAUGAUAAAGCACGAAAAAUAUUUGCACUGAUGGCUCAGCGAGGAGUUCAGCAAUCGACAGUUACUUAUAAUAGCUUAAUGUCAUUUGAAACAAAUUACAAAGAAGUUUCAAAGAUAUAUGACAAGAUGCAAAGAGCUGGUCUUCGACCUGAUGUUGUCAGUUAUGCCUUACUUAUUAAUGCUUAUGGGAAAGCAAGAAGGGAGGAAGAAGCACUAGCUGUUUUUGAGGAGAUGCUUGAUGCUGGUGUCAGACCGAGCCGCAAAGCUUAUAAUAUCCUGCUUGAUGCAUUUGCUAUUUCUGGGAUGGUGGAGCAAGCUCGCACCGUGUUUAAGAGUAUGAGAAGGGACAGAUUUACACCAGAUCUUUGCUCUUAUACGACUAUGUUAUCGGCUUAUGUCAAUGCUUCUGACAUGGAGGGUGCUGAAAAAUUCUUUAGAAGACUGAAACAAGAUGGAUUUGAACCCAAUGUUGUGACGUACGGGACAUUGAUCAAAGGGUAUGCAAAGAUAAAUAAUCUUGAGAAGAUGAUGGAGAAAUAUGAGGAAAUGCGGGCAUGUGGUAUCAAAGCAAAUCAAACGGUCUUGACCACGAUCAUGGAUGCAUAUGGCAAGAACAUGGAUUUUGGCAGUGCUGUUGUUUGGUAUAAGGAAAUGGAAUCUUGUGGGUUUCCUCCUGAUCAGAAAGCAAAGAAUAUUCUGUUGUCUUUGGCUAAAACAGCAGAAGAACAAGAGGAAGCUGACCAACUUGCAAGAAAUUUGGAUCAAUCUGGCAACAAAUAAAGAGUAAACAGGGUUUCCAGGUUUAUCGAUGAGAAUUACGAUGACGAUCAUGAGGAUGUAUAUGAUGCAGAAGAGACCAUCAAUGGUGAUCAUAGAAAAAGCUUAGAAGAUCUACAUACUUUAGAUUCUUUACAUUUGUGAAGUUGAAAUUGUUGUAUUUUGUAUUACAGUUGUAUUACUCACCCUUGAAAAUUAUAUCAGCAAUGUCAUGAUGCAUUUGAAGGAGAGUCCAUUCUGCUCUUCAUGAUACAAAAACAAAGUCAUUUCUCAUGGCCAGUGGAUAUCUUUAAAAACUACACUGCUUA